AGGAUUGACGCGGGGAAAAAUAAAAUGCUAACCUGUCGGUGAAACGUUUCACAAAAAAAAAAAGAAAAAACGAAAAAAGGAAAACAAAAAAAUGGAUGCCGAAGUUUUCGCGUAACCAAGUCGAUGACGCGGAAUGUACAUCGUGGCUCGCAACUCAUUUUACCACAAAGUGAAAAGAAUUAAACGCAUAUAUAGGAAAAACAGAAAAAGAAAAGCAACAAGGUAGUACAAGGAGGGAAGGAAUUUUUAAAAAGAACAAGUGACGAAGGGUGAAACGGUUAAAACGUGACAACAGUGGCAGAAGAAGCAGAGGAAUAACCCGCCAGCCACCCCCACACAACACAGCACAAGCAGCCCAUCAGGAGCACUUCGCGGAGGGAAGCAACGGCGGUAGGGAAAAAUUCGUUCGUCGCCGCGCCCCGUUUGUUUACACAUCUUUGUUAGUUCGGCUUCCAACUCGCCCAGUUGCGUCCACACGGGGAGAGGUAUGCCGGCCGUGAAUUCCCGCACGCACUUGCCACAGAGCGGAGCCGCUGACCAAAGAGGAGCGGCUGCGUAGUGUACGGGGCGCGAUCGGCAAGCGAAACGGAAGAAAAAAAAAAAAAAACACAAUAAAAAAAAAACGAACAGACGGGCUGACCGACUGACCGACUGACCAACCGACCGACGAACGUACAAACGACCGAAUUGCAACCGCGAAGUCACGGCGACUCCCCCCUGUUUCCCCCCCCUUAAAAACCCAUACCGUCAGACUAAUGAGAUUCACGCACCAAUUUAGCAAAGACAUCCGUUCAUGCAUUUUUGUUAUUUUUCUCCUCGUGUUAUGUGCAAUAGGAAUUAAGCUCCUCCUCAAGUACCUCAAAAAAAAGUUCCCCCCAUUUUUAAGCAACGACAAAAUUGUUAAGCAAUGCAGCAAAAUCAUCACGCGCAAUAAUUUCCUCCAGCACAACCUGCUGUACAGGAUCAUCAAAUACGGCAUCAUCAGCAAAAGCAACUAUGAAGACAAAAUCAUCCACCGGAAGAAUGCCUCCUUCUAUUACUUGAAAAGGGCAAUCUUCUUUUUACAUAACUAUAAAUUCUUACACAUAAAAAAGAAACUCAACUGUUUGUUCAUUCGAAACAACAUCACGGACAUACGCAACCUGAAGCACCUGACGUACAAGAAGGUGAUUCAGUUUAAGAAGGACAUGAACGUCUGCCUGGUGGAGGCCUAUAACUCCUUCAGCUACAAAAACAAAAAGGAGCUGCUGUAUAUUUAUUUCAAGCUGUACUCCAAGAUUUUCUUCUUCUUCCAGAGUGAAAAUAUUUAUUUUUUUCAUUUCCUCACCCAUGUGCUGUUGGUCUCCUGGGUCUACACGCCCUUGAGUCAGUCGCUGCAUGGCGAGGGUGGCUAG